UCCUUAUCCAUUCAAUAUGGCCACAGACCACCAGAGUCCUGCAUCCAAGCAGCAGCAGCCAGGCACCAGUGCGUUUAAGCUGGUUAUCUAUGAGCAGGAAAACUUCCAGGGACGCUGCCAUGAGCUGACUGGUCCCUGUAACAACCUUCAGGAAGCAGGCGUGGAGAAAGUGGGCUCCAUACUGGUGCUGUGUGGACCAUGGGUGGGAUAUGAGCAGGCCAACUGUAAGGGGGAGCAGUAUGUGUUUGAGAAGGGCGAGUAUCCUCGCUGGGAUUCCUGGACCAACAGCAGGCGUAGUGACACCAUUGUUGCAUUCCGCCCCAUUAAAGUGGACAGCCAGGAGCACAAGAUUGUCCUUUACGAAAACCCCAGCUUUGCAGGGAAGAAGAUAGAAAUCAUAGAUGAUGAUGUCCCCAGCUUUCACGCACACGGCUACCAGGAGAAGGUCUCUUCUGUUCGGGUCCAGAGUGGCACCUGGGUGGGCUACCAGUAUCCAGGCUACAGAGGCUAUCAGUACCUGUUUGAGAAGGGGGAGUACAAGGACACCACUGAUUUCGGAGCCCAGAUUCCUCAGAUCCAAUCAGUCCGGCGCAUCAGAGACAUGCAGUGGCAUCAGAGGGGUGCCUUUCAUCCCGUCAACUAAGCUUGUGACUCUCUCCUGUCAGGAAUCCUGACCUCAGCAUCCUCUG